GAAUCCAUUGGCCAAUCCAGUUAGAAUGGCGUCUCCCACGUUUGUCCGCUCGUGAUCUAUUAUUUCUGCCUAAUUUAAUAGUUUUAGCUUGGCAACGCAGUGCACUUGAUUGAUUUUUCAGUAUUCGCUGUUCCUUUAGGUCAAUCAUGCGUAAACCCGCACUACGCCGAAGCGUCUGGGGACCGAUCGUCAUUGCCGCUGCGAUCGCAGAAACGGCAGCCUUCGGCGUGAGCUACUUCUACUACCGACGGCUGAACCACUCGCAAGAGUACAGAUACUGGAUGUACCAGAAUUUCAAGCCUGGAUUGGAAUUGUACUACAAGACUGGAGAGAUACUGGGGGACAGCAAGGUCCGUACCUACGACUACAGUACCUGGGGAGUGAACGAGUAGUACCUGCCAGAGAACAGGGGCCUCAAUCGGCUGUACAGAAACAACUGGGCAUUUCCUGACGGGGAGUUCACGAAGGCUGAUAUGAUCUAGGAAACGUGGAGCAUGCAGCUCUCAUGUCGGGCACUGUGAAUAUCAUACCCGGACCCCCAUGUGUGCUUGUAAAGUAGUAUCUAGAGGUACAUGGCAGAACACUCAGCACAAAUGUGACAUUGGUGCUUUUUUGCAGAGUUUGUCUACCUGUGUAUAAAACACUGGUCUAAAUAAAGAGUGAGAAAAAUAACUUUUUGAA